AAGUAUGCUUUUCUGCCGACCGGCGUAUGAGGUGAAUCUAUAAGUACGAGUGAAGCGGUGUUUGAUACCAUUCAAGUCAAACCACCGAACGCGAAGCAUCUCAUGCAUCUUUUGAAACUACUAACUGUUAGUAAAAUUUAAAGUGUUUUUUAAGUUUCACUACCGACGAACAUUGAAUGUAAAUUCAAUUUCUCGUGUGUGAUCUUAAUAUCAAUUACAAAUUAAAACCGAUUCGAAAAUGGCGAUUCUGCCAGCAACGAUGCAUCCGAACUGGUGGGCAGAUGAAGAUUAUGGUUCUAUAGGACAAGGUCCAUACUUGAAUAAUAUUCACGGCAUUCGACAUGACGAUGUUUUGGCUCCCCACAUGCCAUUUGCACCUCCACAUUUUCUGCAAUGGCACACCCAACAAAGAGGAAUUCCAAAAUCGAUGUUCACGAGGCCCUGGCUCCGGCCUGACAAUAAAAAUGUAGUUUCUACUGUCAAAGCAGAUAAGGAUCAGUUUCAUGCAGUUCUGGAUAUGAUGCAUUUCAUGCCCGAUGAGAUAACCGUAAAAGUCGUUGACAAAUUUGUCUUGGUCGAAGCUAAGCACGAAGAAAAACAAGACGAACACGGAUGGGUUUCCAGAAGUUUCUGCAGAAAAUACCCGAUUCCAGAACAGUACGACCUUCAAGAAGUCAAGUCUAGCCUGUCAUCAGACGGCGUUUUGACUAUUACAGCCCCCAAGAAAUACGAUCCAAAUCAUCAUCGGGAGAAACAUAUCAAGAUUGAAAUAACUGGAAAACCUGUGGCACGCGAAAUUUUAGAGGGAACGAAAGAAGAAAAGAAGCAAGAGAAGGAAUAAAAAUGCUAUAAUUAAUUUCACUUCAAUUUUUUUAAGUCAUUCCUCUAUAAGCAUGUGCUUGUGCAACUAUUUCAUGAGAAUCAGAGCAAAUAAAGGUAUUAUCAAUUUAUUUUUAAAUUUAAGACAGUUUGGAUAGUUCUUAUCCAUGAAGUACAUAAUGUAUUAUCAGCAUAUUAAUAAUUUUACUAAUGUUUCAACUUACGUACAUGGUAUAUGAGUUUUAUUCCUUUUUUUAUGAAGUAUGAAAAAUAAUGUAGGCCCUUCAUAAUAAUGUAUAUACAAUAAUUUACGUUAAUUUGGAAUUAUAAAAUCCAUCAGUAAUUUUUAAAAUUUUACACAACUUUUUUCAUCUGCAGAUAAAUUAUUUUCCACAUACAUUCCAAUUUUUAGCCUGUAAAGCUUGCAAUAAAUGUUUCACAAUUUUCAUGUGCAUGAAUUUUAGGAAAUCACAAUUAUUAUAAUGUUCUCUUGUGAAAAACGUAAAGGCUUUAUUGUACCUUUUAACCGAAAAAAAUAAAAUUGUAGUCCAUGUGUAUAAAAAA